AUGGCCUCAAGUCGCACCCUUCGCUCCCACUCGUACUCGAAUCUAGAUGAGGUGACGUUUACGCAUCUAAACUGGGUCAUUGCGCUAGACUUUUCCUCUCAGCAGUUGAAGGGAUAUGCCGAGUAUACAUUCCAGCACAUGUCCACCGCCCCGUCCUCUGUUGUCGUGCUGGAUACGCACCAUUUAAGCAUCUCCCAGACUUAUGUUGAUGGCAAAGAAACACCCUUUUCUCUAGCUGAACACGAACACGCGGUUUUUGGCCGUGCGCUCGUCGUGUCUGUACCAAGCCAUGCCACAAAAAUCCGUGUGGACUAUAACACCACGUCGAAUUCUAGCGGUUUACAAUGGCUCAGCAAGGAGCUCACUGCUGGCAAGACGCAUCCGUAUCUAUUCACACAAUGCCAGGCCAUCCAUGCACGCACCAUCGUGCCGUGUCCAGACACACCAGCGUGCAAAUUUACGUAUUCGGCUACCGUAACUGUGCCCGAAUGGUGUACGUGUCUCUUAAGCGCAAUUGCAGAUCCUCAGGGUCGCAAAAAUCACAACAGCGUGGACGAAACAUAUCAAGUUUCGUUCCAGCAGUCGGUCCCGAUUCCCUCAUACCUGCUAGCGAUUGUAGCGGGAAAGCUUGAGAGUGUCGACUUAGGUUCACGUAGUCGUGUGUGGGCAGAACCAGCCGUCGUAACAAAAGCUGCUCAUGAAUUUGCCCAGACAGAAGCAUUUUUACAACACGCAGAAGAAAUAACGGGGCAAGAAUAUGUUUGGAAGCGCUACGAUCUCGUAUGUUUGCCACCAUCCUUUCCGUACGGCGGUAUGGAGAAUCCAUGCUUGACAUUUGUGACACCGACACUUUUGGCAGGGGAUCGAUCCCUUGCAGACGUUGUUGCACACGAAAUAUCGCACUCAUGGACUGGAAAUCUUGUAACAAAUCGAUCGUGGACGGAUUUUUGGCUUAAUGAAGGCUGGACCAUGUGGUUAGAGCGCAAGAUCCAAACGCGCAUUGCGCAAGACCCCAAAGCGUAUGAUUUGAAGGCGGCCAUGGGACUUCGAGACUUAAUUGAGGCGGUAGAAGAAUUUGGCCCACAACAUCCGUUUACUGCUUUGGUGCCAGACAUGGAUGGCAUUGAUCCAGAUGAAGUCUUUUCAUCCAUUCCAUAUGAAAAAGGCUUCAAUUUCCUACAUUAUCUUUCAACGGUAGUCGGUGGUCAUGACGAGUUUGACAAGUUUGCAAAGGCUUACAUCCAAGAAUUUAAGCUCAAAACUAUCACGUCCAACGAGUUCCGUGCGUUCUUUGAAACGUACUUUGCCCAGCACGAGGCAAUAAAAAAGAUUGAUUGGGAUGCUUGGUUCUACUCGCCUGGAAUGCCACCUGUAGCCAACAAGUUCGAUACGACGUUAACGAGCCAAGCGACUACGUUAGGCGAGCAAAUUGCAGUAAGUAGCAAUGCAGAAGCUUGGACGAGCGUCAGUCAAAGUGUUUUAAAGAAGUGGCCUACCAGCUUAUGGAUCUUGCUGCUUGACACACUGCUUUUGAAGCAGGAACAUGCUAAUUUUACGUCCGCACAUCUUGAUGCCAUCAACUCAUUUACACAGCACCACUUGACAACGACACUUAAUGCUGAGCUUCGGUUCCGCUGGUAUACGCUGUCACUUCGGUCUGGUGACUUGCGUCUGCUUGACAAGAUUGUCGCAAUGCUUAAGGAACAGGGACGCAUGAAAUUUGUACGUCCGCUCUUUCGCGAUCUUUGUACAGCUUUGGGACCCGCCCAAGCAGAAGCAAUUUUUGCAGACUGUAAGAAUCUGUACCACCCAAUUGCGGCCAAGAUGAUACAACGUGAUAUUGAAAACAGCAUUGCUAAAAGUAAAGACAUGAAAGUCAAAUUCGCGUCCCCAACGACCCCCAGUGCUUUGGCUCAAUGGCUUGGUGUAUCAGAUGAAGUCAUGGGAUACGCUGCUGUUGCAGCUGCUAUUACAAUGGGUUUGAUCUUCGUAACCCGCAGACGAUAG